AAGAAAAGAACUAGUGUACAAAACACCUUUCGCCACAUCCUCAUCUACGCCCUCCCAUCCAGUACCAUGCUUACAGACGUGAACGUCACCGCAAGCGACGCCCCCGCCAAGCUCUCCAGAAAAGCCAGAAGAGCUCUGCAAAAGUCUCCAGCCUCGCCCGAGUCGUCUACUACAACCGCACAAAACUCCGAAAUUAAUCUUCUCGCAAUCACAGAAGAUGAACCCGAUGCAAGAUCUUCAGAGGCAAAGAGCCCAUAUGUUGAGGUCAUCAAUAAGAAGCUGCGCGCAUUGAAGAAAAAGCUGACCAAGGUGGAGAAGUAUGAGCAGUUGGAAAAGAAAGACCUCAACCAGGACCAAAUCCAAGCUCUCGAAAGGAAGCCGGAAGUGGUUUCAGCGGUGAAAGAGUUGGAAGAUGUUGUCAAACAGAUUACUGUGACAGAGGCAGAAGAAUCCAAAAUUCAGCAGGAGAAACAACAAGCAUUCGAACAGACGGCGCAAUUGCGGGUUGAACGAGCAGUGCAAGAAGUGAAGGCUGCGUCCUCACGCACCACACGGGAGAUACUGCAACUCUUCUAUGUCCUGAACAUCGCCUUACCAAAUAUUGUUACUUCAAAUCUUCCAAUCACAGACGAGCAAUAUAAUGCGCUGGCGUAUUUCCGUGCAGUCAUCACCGGCGUGGGACUUGAGCAGGGGGACAGUACCGAAGACUUUUUACAAUCUGCUGAGGCCAAUUUGCAUAAAUAUUUGGAACGUCAAGAGGAGCCUUUUGUACAUGGGGUCACUUACAGUCAGCUAGCGGCGGUAGUGGACACAAUUCUUAACCCGCCUGCCCCGCCGAAGUUUGGAACCGAGAACUUCGAGGACGCUAUCCUAGAAGAACCGACUGCGGAGGACGCGGGACUUCCAGAGGAAGAACGAGACCACGGUACCGGGCAUUCAAUCGCUUCCAACCUUGGUACCAUCAGUUUCUUCAAUCCCAGUGAAGUCUUGGGUAUUACGACUGAAACCACAGAGAUUUCCACGGAAGAGAACGGGAUCAAGACUGAUCUCAUAGUGGAAACCAUUACUGUGGUCACUCCAGAAGCUCAAAAGCCAGCUGCGUCCGAAAAGGCGGAGCCGGCUGCAAGUGGAGAGGUGCAGGGCGAGGAAGGCGGUGUGGGGAUAACUCAAGGCGAGCAGGAAGAGGGUGAGGGUGCAGCAGUACCAUCUCAGGAGGGCCAGCAUCAAGGCAGGCAGCACAGAGGACGUGGGCGUGGAGGUUUCCGUGGGCGUGGCCGAGGUCGUGGAGGCCAAGGUGGGUACCAAGGCCGCGGUGGCUUCCGUGGACGUGGCCGAGGCGGACCUCGUGAACACCAAUCAAGGCCGCAGCCCCAGUAGUUUAGCCAAAAGGAAACAACGCGUUCUACGCAAACGUUUCAUUUCUGAGGCGGUAUAAUACAAGCAGCAUAUGCACACAUUUCGUCUUAUGUCUACUUCCAUGUCGGUCGAGACUAUUUUUUGUUCAACA